GCUCCCCGGGGAGUGGCUGCACCUGCCUGGGGCCCGGGUCACGUGAUGCCGCCAGGUCUCCGAGACUCACCUGCGACCAUGUCGGCAGCCACGACCAACGCCAGUGCGAAUGCCGUGUCCUUCCCUGCUCCGCGGGUGACUCUACCCCUGGGCACGUCGGUGCUGCAGACUUACUCGGGUGCAUUCAUCUGCCUGGAGAUAUUGUUCGGAGGCUUGGUAUGGAUUCUGGUCGCCUCCUCCAACGUCCCGGUGCCCCUGAUGCAAGGCUGGGUGAUGUUUGUGUCAGUCACCAUGUUCGUGUGCUCUUGCCUCUACCUGUCGGUGUAUUUGUGCGGGCUGGCCGACCGGCUGGACACUGACUGGAACAUGGUGGACUUUGUCUAUCACUUCAUCGCCUUUGUGUUCUACUUUGGAGCCUCGCUGCUUGAAGCUGCCACAACAGCUGCAGCUACAGAACCCGGAAGCAUCAACGGGACUGCAGUUAAAUUUGUGACGGCUCUAACUUUUCGUCAAUACAGUAUCAAUGUUGUUGCCACGAUAUUUUCUUUUGUCGUUACCCUGUGUUAUGCCUGCAGUUUGGUUCUUGCUUUAAGAAGAUGGAAACUGUAACUGACAACACAUGAACUGUAUGGAAUGAAAGGUGGCUGGAUUGAUUUCAUUGACACCAGUUACGUUCUGGAAGAUUUCACAAGACCAGGGUGAUCCUUUCAUAGGCCAAGUCUGUUUUGUACUGAAGUUUUUUUUUUGCAGUAGUGGCUUUUGUUAAUAAAUCCGUAACUUUUUUCGAUUAUUUUCAGUGUUAAGAUCUAAAACGUGUGAAACAAUAAAAGUUUCCAAUCUAUCUGAAUGUUCAGUGAUCAGUGUGUUUGUCUAACAGUUAUAGAUUUCACAAUAUUUAAAUACAGUAUCAGUUUAUGUACAGUAAGAACUUUUGGAAAAUGAAUCCUAUAGAUAAAAAUCAGCAUUUUUCUACUUCCGUAUGUGUUCCUCUGAACCAUGGUCACUAAUGCUUGUGAAUUUUCAUAUUGCAUAAUCUGUUUAUUUACACAUUUAAUCUUUACACUCCAGUCCAUGGGUAAAUACAAAGUAUUGCAAAACAAAUUUGAAAGGUUUUCAUCGUUCCACUUAUUUUACCAUUUCCUCAUGGGUGAAAUGUAAAGAACUUCUUUUGCAAUGCAACUCUUUAGAAAUUAGCCUUCUGUAUUAAAUGUUAGUUAAAAUGAAAUUUUUUUGUAUAAUUGAUAUUCUCUGGGAUCAGUCAUAAUGUUAUAAGGGUUUACUAUUAAUCUGUUGAAUUGUUUCAUCUUAAGUCUUUUUACUGAAAAAUUAUUUACAUAUUUACACUUUAUAAUCCCUUUGGUUUAUUUACCACAGAACCUGAGUGGGUUCUGAAUGUUGAGCAUGGUUUCCUUAUUAAAUUUUUAGAUCUCCUGCUUUUGAGAAUAACUUUUCAAUCCAUUCUAGAAUUAAAAGCCAUUCCCAUUGUCUGGUUUUCAUGAUGUGAUUGAAAUUUUUAAUUCAACCACUACAGCAUAAGCCCUCUACAUCUGAGAUGCGAGACAAACUAAUGGAAGAGCAGAUGUUUUCUUUCUAGACAAAUGAAUGAUUUCAUAAUUUUUGGUUGCAGCCUAUUUGUUCAACCAGAAAAUUGGUUAUGUAGUAUUAUUGUGGUCUGCUGAUUCAUCUCUGAAUAAAUUAAUCUGUUUACCAAGUACUUCAUCUCUCAAACUUUGCUCAGUUCCAAAUGAAUUUCGAGCAGCUGAAUGAAAACCAUUCAUGCAAGCCAAAUCUUCCCAAACUUGUUGCCUUAAUUUCAAAUUGUGUAUAUAGUUGUUUUCCUGCUUCUGAUUUUUCCAAUGUUUUUCCUAAUCUUUUGUUUUAAAGAACUUGCACUGAAUAAAAGUAGUACUCUGAAAUA